AUGACAGAACCCUUUCAAUUGCUACAUAUCAACAUAAUAUCAGCUCGAGAUCUAGCACCCGUAUCAAAAUCCAUGAACACGUAUGUCGUCGGGUGGGUCAACCCGAACCGAAAGCUAACAACCCGGGUCGACCACAAGGGUAACAAUUGUCCUGAAUGGAAUGACAAGUUUGUAUUUCGGGUCACACCUAAGUUCCUUAACUCUGACUCAUCAAUCGUUGAUAUUGAAAUAUAUAGCCAAGCAUGGUUACGUGAUGCUCUCAUCGGGUCGGUUCGGGUCUCAAUUGCCAACCUAAUACCCACGGGUUACCAAAACGGGUCAACCCGAAGAUCCGUGGCCCUACAGAUUCGUCGUCCGUCGGGCCGUCCCCAAGGGAUCCUCAACGUUGUCGUAUCCGUGUUAGACGGGAGUAGGCAGAGCAUGCCCCUCUCGGUGGUCGGGCUCCCUAGCGAGAAGGGAGCCCGACCCAAGCCCGAACCUGAAGGGAGUAUCAUAUCAUUAAGACGAGCUAAGAGUGAGCGCUCCUGGACAGCUACCAUCGACCAGGAACCUCGGGCCCCCAGGCCCGCCGGCAGGGGGCCCGAGCCCGGCCCGUCCUCGAGCAUGGGCGGGUCCAUGUGCAACUCCGACGUCGGGCCGUCGGCGUCGGUGGUGGCGGCGGCGGUGGCGAAGGGGUUAUACAUGCCGACGGUGGCGGCGCGAGGCCGCGGGCGAGGUGGUGGGAAGGGGAAUAAUGAUGAUGAUGGGAGUUCUAUAUUACAAUGGGAGGAUGAGGAAAGUGAGGAAGGGAUAAUGACGAAAAUCGAGCGGUGGAAAAUGGAGAUGCAAAAGACAUCGCAUGGCGGCCACGGCCACGGCCGCGGCGGAGGCAACGGAGGAAGGAGAGGUGAUCAUGUUGUGGGUGAAGGUGUGCGACACAAGCAUAAUAAGCAUCGACGAGCAAAAACAGAAGGGGGGAGAUUAUUUAGGUGUUUUGGUAAGGCGUAUGGUUUUGAGUUUACUAUAGUUUGUGGGGCCAACCAUGGGAAUGAUAGACACAAUAAGAAUGCUAAAAAAAAAGUGCAUCAUACCACUACAUCGGACGAUGAUACUAAUAGUCAAUCAUACAUAAUAAUAUGA